GGUGGGAGGUGGAGGGCGUAACGGAUACUUUCAUCACUGUCAUUGUCACUGGCCGGGUGAUCUGCCUCUCCCUGGUCGCCAUAAGUGCUAGGAUGAGCCACAGCUGCCCUACAGGCCAUGGCGCCACGCCCCGCUGACCUUUGCACAGGAAAUGAUAAACAAAAAAAUAUAGAAUAAGCCCUGAUAAAAAUUUCACAACAUUCAGAAUCCAGCUGUCUCCUCCAUGAACUGAGAUAGAAAGGAAAAAAGACCAAGACUCCUGCUGGCCAAUCUCAGCCCAGCUCUGCCAUGGACAAGCUUCGCAAGGCUCUCAGCGGCCGGGAGACCUCUGAUGACCAGGAUGAGGAGCGAGGGAACAUCAUCACUCAGACAGAGGACACACCACUCCUGCGUGUGAUUGAUAACAACAGUCUCAGCUGGAGCACCAGAGUGAAGGGUUUUGCAAUUUGCUUCAUCCUUGGUUUUGUAAUGUCCUUCCUUGGCUCAGCCCUGUUGUUCCUUCCCAAAGGACUCGUCUUGUUUGCUGUUUUGUACACCUUUGGAAAUAUUCUUGCUCUAUCCAGCACGUGCUUCCUCAUGGGACCUGUCAACCAGUGCAAGAAAAUGUUUGCCAAGACCCGCAUUAUUGCCACCAUUGUCAUGUUUUUGGCACUCUUCAUGACUCUCAUUGCUGCUUUUGUGAUCCACAAGAAGGCCCUGGCACUACUUAUGGUGAUCAUACAGUUCCUGGCCAUGACAUGGUACUCCCUCUCUUACAUUCCAUAUGCACGAGAUGCAGCCAAAAAGUGUUUUGCCUCCUGCGUGGAGUAAGCCUUGGCUCAUGAUCAAGUCCUUCCAUGUGUCCUGCUGUGCCUUGCACGUGAUAUGUGAGUCGUCAGUGCUACGUAAUUAACCUGAGAUUUUGUAUUUAUUGUAUUUCACCCCAAUAUGUGAAAGUAUAUGCUAAGAGACUAGUUUAUACAUUUCUAUGUUUGUGAAGAUUGGUGACGAUUUUAACUAAGAAAGCAUCUGAAUAGAAAGGCCCUUGGCUCCUGCAGGGAUUAGGUUAAUUCAAGAUGUGUCAGUCAAUAUCCUUUUAUGUUGUAAAUACAUAGAGCAAUGACCACCAUGGAAAAUUGAAGCUUUCAGGUUUCAUGUGGUAUGUCAUGGGAGUCUUUAAUUGAAACAAUUUGUAACAUUUCAUCUUAAAAUGCUAGGUAGAGUGAUGAGGGUGGCAUAUUAUACUUUUUGUGAUUUUUUUUUUUUUUUUUUUUUUUUUUCAACAAAAACUUCCAUCUUGUAGAAAUCACACUCAUAACAGAGGUAAUUUAUAAUGCUAUUUUGACCCCAAAAUAAUUUGAAAUUAUGAUAAAUGAGAUAUUGAUGUCUGAAAUUGAACUGACUCAUUAUAUAAAGCUUUCUAUUAAUGAAAGAACAGCAGAAGAAAUUGUUUUGAGGCAUAACUACAUCAUCUUGAUCAGUAUUUUAUGGCUGUAUUAACCCUGCAGUAUCAAGGAAAAGUAUUAUGAAUGUUAUAAAUGAGGGAUGUUUCUGACCCACACUCUUACUUUUAAGAUUAAACCAAAUUUUUAUUCAUAUUUUUCCACUAAUAGUACGAUACACCUCGCAUCAGCCUAACUAUAUUAUUUGUCAACUAAUGUAGUAUACAGCUGAUACUUACAUAUAUUUCUGUUAAGUACAACUAAGCUAGUAUAUAGGGGGUUUCAUCUUGCUUUUACGUGAAAAAAUUUGUAAUUUGUGUACACUAUAUAACUCAUGGUAUGGUACAGAAAGCUGCUCCUUACCCCAUGUCGCCCUCAAACCAAUAUCACAGCAACAGUGAUGGAUAAAAGCUAAGUGCAGUGGAGGCUCAAUACGCAAACAUCUUAAUAGGCAAACUUUUCAAUACUCGAACAUGAACGUUUGACUUAAUACUCAAAAAAAUACCUGGCAGUGAAACGUCUGCACACAUGGUUGUAAACAAAGGCUCCUGGGCUCUCCCUCCCCACCACAGCCAGUUGUUCCACCACAGUUGUGAGAACAACAUUCCUCUGCAUUUUGUCUGUAGUUUUUCAUUUAGAAACUUACAAUGGCACCAAAGAGGCUUAUUAGUGAAAAUAUUUUUGAUGAGGUUGUAAACAAGCUCUGGCCUCUCCCUCCUUGUUGCUGCCAGUUGUUUUGUUCUGAUAGUGGUAAUACUGGUAAUACCAAAGCUAAAAUACCAGUAUACACCAGACAUUUUCAUGGAUGGUGACUCUUACACCCACUAAUAACCUCCCUCCUCUUCCCCACCCUUCUCCCCUCCUCUUCUGUGUUAUCCUUCACUUACGGUAUCUACAAAUCAAAAUUAUAAAAGAAUUACAUUGAAAUUUUGUAAACUUUAGGUUUUGCUAAGGUUAAAAUGAAUUACCUGAUUUAUAGGUAUCGGUAGUUGAACUUUUGGAUGCUCAAACAACCAUUUGGAACAAAUUAAGUUCGAGUAUUGAGUCUCCACUGUAUAUUGUCAAAUAUUACAUAUAUAUAUAUAUGCAAAUAUUGUAUAUAUAUAUAUAUAUAUAUAUAUAUAUAUAUAUAUAUAUAUAUAUAUAUAUAUAUAUAUAUAUAUUCAUAUUCAAUACCUUACAAACACUACAUUCAAGGUAACAAUAUAAUAUGAUAUGAAUGUUGGAAGUUACACUGGAUGCCACAAAAACUUAAAAAACUAAUCUUCUAUUCGCUUGCAGUAUCUCAUAAGAAACAGAACUAGACAUCUUGUUCACAGUCAUUAUGUCCAUUUGCAGUGUUGCCAAUACAGUUCUGCUAUAAAUUUUUCUUUUUUAAUAGCAUUUAUAUGAUCCAACACCUUGUAAGGUAUUACCCCACAUCAUUCUUCAUUGAAUUUCCACCUUCUAAAUUGUCACGCUUAUCAAGAAAUAGAUGUACCAGCAGGAUACUACACUCAAAGGACAGCUUUGGUGUACUUGAGACCACUGCAGUGAUAAACUAUUUCAGACUUUAAUAAUUUUUGUGUUAGAUAUCACUUAAAGAACAUAUUUUCUUAGUAUUUUUUAUGAGUGAAGACGUUGGAUGAAACUUACUUUCUGCACUGAAACCAAGGGUUUUGAUCAAAAUAAAACCUGUAGAAGCUGUGGGCCUUGUGAGGAGUCACAACUGUUUGUAGCCUUGAGAGCAUUCUGUUGUAUUGUGACUAGAAAUAUUGAGCUUUGAUGGUAUUGUUUGUGCCUUCCAUUUAAACAUUUAUAUAUAUAUAUAUAUAUAUAUAUAUAUAUAUAUAUAUAUAUAUAUAUAUAUAUAUAUAUAUAUAUAUAUAUAUAUAUAUAUAUAUAUAUAUAUAUAUAUAUAUAUAUAUAUAUAUAUAUAUAUAUAUAUAUAUAUAUAUAUAUAUAUAUAUAUUCCUCCAUAGUCUCACCAAUUUACACAAAUGUUUUUAUAUACAGGUAACAUAAAUGUGUGCAUACUAUUAACAGAUGGAUGGCAAUCUAUGAAACUGCCCUCUGCUGUAUAUUUUUUUCUAAUAAUUUAAUGCUUGCUCUUACUGUUGAAGAUAUACAAAUAUAAAUUUUUGCAUA